AUGGCCUUAGUUCGAGACCGCCGACAGCUCAAUCUCCGCCUUCCCUUGCCGGAGCCCUCCGAACGCCGCCCUCGUUUUCCCUUACCCCUCCCUCCUUCUUCCGUAUCCACCGUCAGCACCACCACCACCACUACCACAACAACCGCCUCUACUACUACUACCAUGUCCAUUUCGGAACUCGAAAAGCUUAAGGUACUCGGUCACGGUAACGGUGGAACUGUAUACAAAGUCCGUCACAAGCGGACUUCGGCAAUCUACGCACUCAAAGUCGUUCACGGUGAUAGUGACCCGGAGAUUCGCCGUCAGAUCCUCCGUGAAAUCUCAAUACUUCGCCGGACGGAUUCACCUUACGUCAUCAAGUGUCAUGGAGUCAUUGAUAUGCCUGGAGGAGACAUUGGUAUACUCAUGGAGUAUAUGAAUUCCGGCACUCUAGAAAAUCUUCUUAAAUCACAAACAACUUUCUCCGAACUUUGCUUAGCUAAAAUCGCUAAGCAAGUACUAAGUGGAUUAGACUACUUGCACAACCACAAAAUCAUUCACAGAGAUCUAAAGCCUUCGAACCUUCUAGUUAACCGAGAAAUGGAGGUGAAAAUCGCCGAUUUCGGAGUUAGCAAAAUCAUGUGCAGAACUUUGGAUCCUUGCAAUUCAUACGUUGGAACUUGCGCUUAUAUGAGUCCAGAAAGGUUUGAUCCGGACACUUAUGGAGUCAACUACAAUGGCUACGCAGCUGAUAUUUGGAGUUUAGGUCUUACAUUAAUGGAACUAUACAUGGGCCACUUUCCAUUCUUACCACCAGGCCAACGACCGGAUUGGGCAACACUGAUGUGCGCUAUAUGCUUCGGUGAACCACCCAGCUUGCCCAAAGGUACAUCGGAGAAAUUCAAAGAUUUCAUGGAGUGUUGCUUGCAGAAAGAAUCUAGUAAGAGAUGGAGUGCUCAACAACUUCUGCAGCAUCCAUUUGUACGGAGUAACGGGCAAAACUGA